AACAUGGCUGCGCCCACAAACAGUAGAGAUGCUGCUCUCUCACCUACUUCAGGUUAUUCAGCAAGUGUUUCAGCAGCAGCAGCAGCGGAAAAUGUUUCACUACAGUAUAGUCUUCUUUUGGAUCAUCUUAUCGGUGACCAAAGGAAAAGUAAAGACUUGAAUCCGACCGUAAUGGGUGCUUUACCGAGUCCUCAGAAAACAGAGGAGCAGAAGAUGAUCGAGAGAGGAAUGGAAAGCUGCGCCUUUAAAUCACUAAUCGCAUGUGUCGGAGGGUUUGUGUUGGGAGGUGCUUUUGGCAUCUUCACAGCUGGUAUUGACACCAAUGUUGGGCUUGAUCCCAAAGACCCCCUAAGGACCCCCACAGCAAGAGAGGUUUUAAGAGACAUGGGACAGAGAGGAAUGUCAUAUGCUAAAAACUUUGCCAUUGUGGGUGCCAUGUUUUCAUGCACAGAGUGUCUCAUAGAAUCCCAUCGUGGGAAGUCCGACUGGAAAAAUGCAGUAUAUAGUGGCUGUGUUACAGGUGGUGCCAUUGGAUUACGAGCUGGUCUUAAGGCUGGAGUUUUGGGCUGUGGAGGUUUUGCAGCUUUCUCUGCUGCCAUCGAGUACUACCUCCGAUGAUGAACACCAGCUUCAGGACUCUUACUAUGUACUGUUGUGAGUUCUUCACAGUAUAAUGAAACGGGUGGCAUAUUUGAGUGCAAACUUCCACUCUCCUGCUGAAAAAGAGGUGUUCCAAUCCCACCAGAGGAGGACUGUAAUAUUCUGUUACCUAAGUGAGCAUACUAAUAAGAUACCAAACUAAGAUGUGGUACAUUGUUUUGUUUUUCUUCUGCGGGAUGUGUGGACCCUUCUAUUUCAAAAAGUCCUUAAAAUGUUUGCCCAUUCGCCUAAUUAUGUAUGAUCAACAUGCCAUGUGAUGGUGCACAUCCCCUUUGACAACCUCCCAGGCCAAAACUUUAAUAUUUUGACAUAAAUAACAUUUAAAUCAGUCAUCCCAAUAAAGUGUUCUCAGUUAAUGGCUGUAGACAUGUUUUUUGUGGUGAAAUGGCUUUUGGUGAAGCUGUUUCUAUCAAAAACAUACCCAUUAAUGUGUAUCCAGUCUCUGUGAGAAACAAGAUGAAAUGUACAGUUUUUAUUUUGCCUGUGGAAAAAAAUUAAGA